AUGAGUAGCUCGUAUUCACUCGUAAACUCCAGAUCAUUUGGUUCUAAUAACUGGGCCUUGAAGUUACAACCGUUACAACACGGUAAUAAUGGUCUUCUAACAAGCUUAAGCAAUGGUGAAGUCCAUUACCUAGACCCAUCCACCUUAACUACCAUACAAAAAUAUAAUAUCUCAGAGACAUCAAUAAAUGAUUUGCAAUUGAUAAAUCACAAUCCAACAUCCAGUCCUUUAUUCACGACGGCCACCUCAAACUCAGUAAAGAUCUUUGAUAUACAUUCCACAAAGGAGGUUGCCACCAUACAUAGCCAGGGAAACGUUCCAUUUCCAUCGUUAGAUUCUCGUCACGGUCUUCUUGCAUGUGGGACGGAAUUGAAAGGGGUAGAUGCCGCAAUCUACAUAUAUGACAUUAGAAAAUGGGACCAACCAGUGAGAUCAUUAGUAGAUUCACAUCAUGACGAUGUGACGUGUUUGAAAUGGCACCCCAAUGAUCCAAAUAUCUUACUGAGUGGAUCCACCGAUGGAUAUACAAAUGUCUAUGAUUUAUCAGAGGCUGAGGAAGAGGACUCGUUGCAUCAAGUUAUAAAUUUCGCAUCCAUUCAUUCCUGUGGAUGGUUAUCACCAAGAAGAAUUUUCACUUUAUCUCAUAUGGAAACUUUUGCCAUCCAUGAAUUGAAUGAUAAAUCUGAUACAUUGAAGGAGCCACAGCCCAUCGAUAUGGGUGAUGUGAGGGAGAAAUGGGGGUGUGAUUAUGUGGUAGACGUGUAUCCAGGUUUCAUUGCCACGGGCAAGUCUCAAGAACGUCAAGGUGAACUAAAACUAAUACCUUUACAAGAUGAAACUAUUGAUUUGACAAAUUCCAUUGUUAUUCCAGGUGCUCAUGAUGAUGAAGUAAUUAGAGAUGUGUAUAUUCCAAGCCACGAUUCAGUAAUGAUGUAUACAUGUGGUGAAGAUGGGAAUGUGAAGCUAUGGAAGAAUAAUAAUGGACCAUUGAACGUUCCUGAACAGUUGUGGGAUUACUCAAAGAGAGUUAACAUGCUGGAAGACACAUUAUUAGCGCCUAGUGAAGUUGUCACUGCAGGGGAGGUAAAACAAAGUCAAGAGCCCGACACCAAAGAGAAAAAACAUAAAAAGAAGAAGAGGGACCAUAAACAACGUUAUAAACCAUAUUAG